AAUUUCUUUAAUUUAUAUAAUUUCUGAAUACAAAUAAUUUUAUAAAAGCGGAAAGCAUACGUAAUAUCAGGGUUUAUUUUCAGUAGCAAAUAGUGAUGUGAUAUACCGCUAAAAGAACAACGAUUUAUAUGUAGUCGACGUUAGAACAGUUUAAUUUUGGACGAUCCGCGCAUUUUUAGAUCAGAUUUGAAUUUAUGGUUUGUUGGUAAAAUCGUAAUGGACACUUAACCUAUUUGUCGGACCAAAUUCAUCGGACGCUGUCAUGCGUUUCGCCGGAGUUGGGUUGUCUUCUGCAUUGUAAUUGCAAAUUUUUGUAAGAAAUAAGACACGAGAGGUUAAUCGGCGAUUGUGGGAAUCGAGAAAAUAUUGCUCAUUGAAUUCUAAAGCGACACAAUGCCUGGAAAAAUAAAGGUGAAAAUACUGGCAGGCCGUAAUUUACCAGUUAUGGACCGUUCUGGUGAUACAACAGAUGCAUACGUGGAACUGAAAUUCGGCAAUAUUACUUACAAGACGGAUGUAUGUCGAAAAUCGCUGAACCCACAGUGGAAUUCGGAAUGGUAUAAAUUUGAAGUUGACGAUGCAGAAUUGCAGGAUGAGCCAUUACAGAUCAGGCUAAUGGAUCACGAUACGUAUUCUGCAAAUGACGCAAUAGGCAAAGUUUAUGUAAACUUGAAUCCGUUGUUGUUACCUGGUGUGUUGCCUCCAGUAAAAAACAUUUGGACCUUGGAGGCAACCAUGAACACCAGUGCUGGCUCACAAGGAUCAGUUAUGACCGGAUGGAUACCUGUAUACGAUACAAUGCAUGGCAUACGUGGUGAAGUGAAUAUUAUUAUCAAGGUGGAGUUGUUCUCCGAUUUUAACAAGUUUAGACAGUCGUCCUGUGGAGUACAAUUUUUUUACUCGCCGAAUAUACCAUAUGGAUACCAUGCACAGAUGAUACACGGAUUUGUUGAGGAACUUGUAGUUAGCGAUGAUCCAGAAUACAAGUGGAUCGACAAAAUAAGAACUCCUAGAGCAUCAAACGAGGCACGACAGACUCUAUUUUUUAAAUUAAGCGGAGAAGUUCAGAGGAAAAUUGGAUUGAAGGCACUGGAUCUUGGUGGAAAUGCUGUGAUUGGGUAUCUGCAAAACUUCGAUCUGGAAGGUGAAUCCGGCAUUGUCGCCAGAGGAAUAGGCACAGCGGUGACGCUCGUAAAAUUGCAUGACGUCCUCGGCUUUCCUUGCGACAAUAUUAACAUCGAGGAGAUCGCAUUCGCGCUUUCCUCACGCAUUAAAGCGGAACGUUUAGACGACAGCGCGCCGUUCAUCCUCACGUCUCUUCCCGCUCGUGUUCCCGCUUUGUAUCCCACGCGCAUACCGAUGAAACCCAUAAACAAAAGUCUUUCGUCCUUCGCGAGGUCCACGUCAUCGUUAACACGCCUAGAACGCGCCACGAAACCGUGGUUCGAGACUCCUGGGUGUGCCAGAACGCGAGGGAAACGCGUCAAGCGCAUUCCGUUUUUCCGAUGCAACACUUCGAGCACUCUGAACCUGAGGAUCUCCAGCGGUUCGGAUCUCACCCCAUCCCCGGAGUGCUUAAUCGACGAGGCGGUGAGAUCACUGCGCACCGCGCUGACGCCAGCAGACGCGAAGAGAGAAACGCCGAAGGGCCGACUGUCCAGGCAAAUCAGGCAUCUUCGCAGCAAAUUCGAUUCCGUCGGCGAGGAGCAUCGUGCCGCCGAGUCCGAUCGCGAUUCUGAUGCCGACUCGAUCAGAUUCCCCGUCGUGAAUUUAAAAACAGAGAGAAAUCUCAAGGAAGCCAAGACCACCGGCGGCUUAAUGGCCGCAUUGCUGAUCGGUUCCAUACAUAGCAUGCCUCUGGAGAAGACAGAGCUCGCUGAAUGCACUCCAAUUCCCCGCAGCGAUCAAGUAUCCAACGACGAAGCAUCGAGCGAAGUAGCGGAUGGCGAGAAAAUUCUUAAAGAGAAGUCUCGGGAAAACGCGGAAGAGGAAAGUAACGAGGUCAAGGACGAAGGACAGCGGCGGAACGCCUCGUCGUUGGUCGACGAGACGGAGAUGUCGUCCUUCGACGACAAUUCCACUGGCAACGAAUCGUCGGACGACACCGCCAGUUACAAUAUCCUGGACGAUUCCAGGUACUCGGUCGAGCGGGACUCCGACGAAACGUCGGAUUGCCAGGAGACAAUCCCCAUCGCCCGUUCGAGCGCGGAGAGCUGCACGGAAUCCACCCUGCAAGUGGACUCGGACGCGGCGACGAAUCGUUUAUCGCCAGCGGCGGAUUCAGCGAGCGGAACUGUCGAGCCGCGCAACGAUGUCAUCCCUAUAAUUACCGUGGACGCUCACGAGAGCACGGACUCGGACACGUCGGUCGACGCAUUCGCAUUGUCGAAUGAUGAAGAACGGUCCGACAUCGCGACCUCGCGCAGCCCGGCCGAGAGCAACACUCUCGUCUCGCAGUCGAGUCAGUCGUCGGCUGACAAUCGAGAAAUCAACGACGCCGGGAAAACGUCCGACACUUCUGGAAAGUGUCAGACGUUGAGUUUACAGAAGGAGAAGCGACACAGCGGCGCUGAACCCGACGAUGCGUUUCGCGAGGUGCAUCGCGUUCACCUCACGAGACACGAGCGGGAUCUAUGCCGGGCGCGUAGACAGUCCGCUCAUCAACGAGAAGAGCGAUCCCCAUCGGUCGCUGAAGCGGAAGAGAGAGACGCCACCGACGCGCCCGAGCUGUCGGGCUCGACGGCGCGCGCCAGCGCGUCCAACGACGAACUCGGCGCGAGGGCGACUAUCGCGAGACGACGAUGCAUGCACGACCUGAUCAGGUUGAUCGACACGAAGCUGAUGUCGUCCACGCAUCACGGUAAAAAAAUCACGUCGCCGAAGAGCAAGCGAAGGAGACGCGAGAAGAAGGCGUGCAGAGUUCCGGCGGAGUCGCUUGACAAGUUUCCCACCCGCCGCACAUCCAGGAGACGCGCGUCGCACAGACGUCGCAAGGACGUCGUUUCGCGCGUUCCCCGCGUCCACUCGACCCCCGAAAAUCUGUUCUCGGGCGAGCACCCGAUCUUUUACGCCGCCUCCCGCUCCUGCGGUUCCUCUCUCGUCAAUUUAACCGAUCGUACGCGCGUAGCGAGCUCGAAGCGAGCCGCUUCCCCGGCCGACCGUCCGCUCGACGGUUCGCCGAGGAGCGACCGCGGCAAAUUAGACGCGAUAGCCGCGGUAGAACUCGAAGGCGACAGUAUUCACGUAGCAGCGCCCACCGAUCAUCAUCAUCAUCAUCAUCAUCAUCAUCAUCCAUCGUGCGACACGAUGACAGUCGCGAUACGCAAAUGCAAUAGCGUCUGUAAUCUAGGGAUAGCGUCAUGUCAUAUUGAUUGCACUAAGCCCACUAACACGGCUAAUAUGACUUACAACAUGUGUGUGUCCCGUCCUUCUCCCAAUCUUAGGCAGCAGGACGAAGCAUCGGUCAGUCCGUCCUGUCCAUUGCCGACCGUGCCAUCGGUGGCCGCUCAGAAAAUGUCCCAGUCACCGGCGACCAGGACGCUCGCCAGUGUGCCGCUUCACCGGAGAUCGAGCGAUUCCGAUCUGAGUGUUACUCCGAAAGGUAACUCUCUAGGCAGCAGUGAUAGAUCGAUGGCAGGACCCUUGAGGGCACCGGCUGCGGUGGUGAGACCGAUGAAUCAAGACACGCUGGAAAUGUUAGAAUACCCAUUCAUCACGAUGCAACAUUACCCGCCCGACUUCAUAUUACACAUCGGUGGCCUGGUGAGCUCGAGGUCGGUGAAACUGCUCGAAAGGAUAAGUAAUUUGGAGGAGCCAGAGGGCCGUGAUGCGUGGUGGACCGAAAUUAGAAUGGAAGUCAGGUCGCAUGCGAGAGCGUUGGCUUGCAACGUCGUUAUAGGCUACAAGGAAGAAACUAGCAUAUGUGAUGACGUGUGCGUGCUGAGCGCUUCCGGUACGGCGGCAAUCAUAAAUUUGCACAACUCCGGCCAAGAUCCGGACGGGAUUGUUCUGAAUAAACUUCAGCAGAACGUGCCGGCGGCUGCCGUGGAUUCCGAUCGCGAGAAGAGUCAGCAGAAGUCGACGGCGACGAAGGUGGAGAAGGUCGACGGCGACGCGCCUAUCAUGCCUCACUCGGAGCGACAGAGCGCGAAAGCCUGCAGGCCGUCCGACAGCAACGAUCACGAGGGCUCCUGCGGCCAGUCGCAAUUGCGGUGCAAUCUAUGCCACCUGCCCUACAGCGAGAACAGCGUGCCAUUCAGAGUCAACGUGUCCAAGUGCGCAAUAUGCAAACGCGCCAAAGUCCCGGACGUGAUGUUCACGACGAUAGAAGUGCCCGCGAACAUACCGACGACCGGAAGAGGCUGCUUCAUCCAGGCGACUGUAUGCAAGAGCAAGAAGGAUCUGCGGGGCGAGUUGAACGCGAAGGAAAUAUCUGACUGCCUGCCCUUCCUGGAAUACGAGCUUCACAGUUUGCUGUUAAACAAGCUCAGAAUUAAAGGCAUGAACGCGAUCUUCGGCCUCAGGCUGCAGGUCUCCGUCGGCGAGCGAUUCAUAAUCGGCAUGGCGGUGGGCACCGCGAUCUACCUGACAGCACUGCCGCCGCCUAACAUCCCGCAAAUAGCGUCUGGCAAUUCGUGGCACAACGAGGAGCAAUUAGCGGAGAUGCAGAAGUCAAUUGUGGACACGGUGAAGAAGAACAGAGAGUUUUAUCACCUAAAACCCAUCGUAGCAAACGAAGUGGAAAACGGACGGGUUCCGAGCACCUCCGACACGGACGAGUCGGACGAGGAUCUGCCGGAGCUCGAUCUCGGAUUGGGCACUCGCGACGCGUGCGUUUUGGAAGUGGACGACAUCGAAGACAUGGAUCGGAUAUCGUCGCUGAUGGACAACAGGCCGCCUGACGAUUUCCAUGUCGUCAACACGCAAACGAUACCCGGUCUCGAAGAUUUAGAGAUCGUUCGAAACUUGCAAAUGUUCACGCAGGUCUCGAGAGCUAAGAUUCCUACGGGACAAUUCGCGACGAUGCCGUCGAAAUACUUUGCUAGGUUACUUCAGUCUUUGUACUUCAAGUUAAGAAGGAUGGUUCCUUGCGCACUGUGCGAUAUGCAAUUUAAAGUAGCAUUACCCGAGCAGGAUGAAAUACAAUUGACUGUCGUUGGCAUGGCGCUUGGAUUAGGAGAACCCUUGAAUACGAAUAAGUAUAAAAGGAAAAUUGUGUGUCGUUCCUUAAGCAAGGAUCAAGUGAGAAAGUCAGAUGACAAUGAUAUGAUAUUCAGUCUUGACGAGGAUCAUUUAGAGAACAAUGUCGCAUCCGAGAAUGUAACGCGCACUUGUAUAGGAAAUCCGACGACCUUAAGCAGCGCCCCUGUGCAAAAGCCGAGACCACGCUCACCUCAACGUUUGAAAUCAUUCACUAUUCAUAGACGUAAACAUGUGCCUUUGAAAGCAAGAUACGGCGUAGAUAUAACACCUUUAUCCUAUUUGCCUGGCGGAAGAAUAGAGAGAUAUCAAGGCAAUUUAAAUUUCUUUUUCAUCCGCGAAAGCACGUCGAUACGAGAAAAUGGUGGACUAAGCGGUUUCACCCACAGUUUUGUUAUGGAGGUUCUGGCGAUUGUUCGCGCGCACAUUACGGCAUUAGGGGGUAAUGCGAUGGUAGCGUUCUUUAUGACACAGUGCGUGCUUCUACACAACCCUCACAAAAGUCAAGGCCAGUGUCUAAUUAACGUAGGCGGUGAUGUGGUAACAGUAUCUUAUUAUGCCGAUGAGAAGCAUAAUGCUGUUUCAAAUUGCUGACCCCAGCCUCCACACUCAGCACCGCCAUAAACGACUACAAACUUGACAAAUUAUUUGUCAAAUUUUUAAUUAUUUGACUUAAAUGCCGAUAUCAGCGUUGUUAUAGAUAAGACCAGACCGUUGCGGCUUUUGGGAGUACAUUGUGCAAUAUAUAGUCGCAUGAUAGUUUUUAAUAUUAUGCGACAUCGAUAUUGUUAUUUAAUAAUUUAUUUUGAAAUGCCAAAGCCAUGAGUCUAUUGUUACAUACUUGCAAUAUCUGAUAAUAUUACUUCAUUUUUAUAAUUUAACAAAAUACUCAAUUAUACAAAAGUAAUUCGUUGUUGGUGUAAUUGGAAAAAAAUAAGUGUUCGACUUACAAGUAAUUAAAUCGAAGGAACAAUUUCUCUCAACUAUGUAAAUAUAAUACAUAAAAAUAUAGAAAUUUACAUUUUUUAUUUAUUUCUUCAUGCAAUAAUAACCGCCUUGCCGGUUACACCGCAAAUAACGGAUUACUUUAUUGGUAGUGUGUUAAUCUAGAAUACACUAUUAUCAUCUCUUGUUCGAAAGUUUCCUUAGAAACUUUUAGAACGAUAGGAUUACAUUUUAUUGAACACUAGAAUACACUAAAGGCAAUACCAUUUUUAGGAUAAUAACGAAAUAGUUUAUCCAUUUUGGAAAUCACAGUAUAGUUUCGGUCACUAGGUGCCUUUGAAAUUGUGCAGAAAGGAGUUGCGUGUACAGCAUAUUCUUCCGCGUUAUACAAGAUGUAGCUAAUAUAUCUAGCAUAUAAUCGCGGAUUCUUCCAACUUAGGACUUGUCUAUAAUCUUGACAAAAAGAGCACUGUUAUUUCGAAGAGUUAAAUAUAAGAAUUUCCUGAAGUAGGCCACCUAAAUGCCUUUAGUUGUGUUGAAAAUGCUCGAAAAAGUAAGUUAAUGAAAAAUAAAUGGUUUGACAGUCUUGAAAACCAUUUAAAAGAAAUACUUUGAUAACAUCUCGAGGUAAGCGAUCAAUAAUAAAAUAAUAACACCUAUUCGGCAUUUUACAUUCUUUCCAUUAUUGGUCGCAUUUAAUUCUGUAAAUACUUAUUACACAUGUAAAAAGCAUGGUCCCAUUAGAGAAUGUAGAGAAUGAUUAUGAAAAAAAUGUGUCCAAUAUUUGUUCACAAUUAAUCACGUAGCAAGACUAUUUAUUACAAUUAUAUCAGUCUCGAAUAAACAAUGCGUUUGUUGGUCGAAUAAUACGUGACAAGACGCAUUGAACUACGAGAAAAUGUUAUGUUUUACAUCUCAAGUGAAAUAUUUAGAUAAAAAUUUUAACUUCUAACAUUGUCCGAUUGAGAUUUACAAACUGUGUUAUAUAUCUUUAUCUCUAAUUGAUAAGAAUCAUGAAUCACGACACGAAUAUCCAUUCGAGUAUUCAAACUCUAGUCAAAGUUGUUUGUUUUUCUGUUAUUUUUAAACAAUUUUUAAAGCUUCAUUGUUAAACUAACAGUUUAUUAAUGUGGGUAUGGUCAUGCAGCGUCACCGUGACUUGUUCUGAUUUCUAAUUUUUUUUUAAACAUUUUUAUUGGGAUAUGAGUGUAAUGUACUUUUGUUGCUAAACAUAUACUGUGUAUAAAACAUUGUAAUGAUAUGAGAGAUAAUUCUAAGAUAAAGAACAAAAAUGUAAUAAUACAGAUUACAAUAUACGGACACCGUGACCAACCCUGGUUGAGUUUAGGAUCAUUUGAAAUAAGUGGAAAAUAUUGUAAUGUC